AAAAGAUUAGUAGGUAUAAUUUUGUUGGAUAAAGAAAAUAAUUACCAAUAAAAACAACCGAUCAAUUCUCCCCUACUAUAAAUACGCCACAAGCCCUCCUUCCCAUCCGUGUCUCCAGGUCUGCAAAGAGACCCGCAAAACCAUGGCCUUCUCCCACCCCAUCCUCGUCCUCUCCACUCUCGUCCUCUACCUCUCCACAGCCGCACACUCCAUCGGCGUCAACUACGGCACUCUAGGAAACAACCUUCCGCCACCAGCGCAAGUGGCCAACUUCCUCAAGACCCAGACCAUCAUCGACCGCGUCAAGAUCUUCGACACUAACCCUGACGUCCUCCGGGCCUUUGCCAACACUGGCAUCUUCGUCACCGUGACCGUCGGAAACGGUGACAUCCCCGCCCUCGCAGUCCUCGCCAACGCUCGCCAGUGGGUCGCCACCCAUAUCGUCCCGUUCCACCCGCAGACGCGGAUCAAUUACAUUGCUGUUGGCAACGAAAUCAUGGCCACCGCGGACAAGAGCCUCAUCAGCCGCCUCGUCCCCGCGAUGAGGAGUCUCCACCACGCUCUUGUUCUCGCGGGAAUCCAGGACAUUAAGGUCACAUCCCCACACUCUCUUGGCAUACUCUCAAUCUCUGAGCCGCCGAGUGCCGGCCGGUUCAGGCGAGGCUACGACCAGGUCGUAUUCGCGCCCAUGCUCAAGUUCCUACGCGAGACCAAUGCACCCUUCAUGGUCAACCCCUACCCCUACUUCGCCUACUCUCCAAAGAUGGCGAACUACGCGCUCUUCAAGCGCAACUCUGGCAUCCACGACAAGUUCACAGGCAUUACGUACACCAACAUGUUCGACGCCAUGAUGGACGCCCUCCACUCGGCCAUGAAGGCCGUCGGGUACGGCGACGUGGGGUUGGUCGUGGGCGAGACCGGUUGGCCCACCAACUGCGACGGCUACGAAGCCUGUAGCGUGGCCAAUGCGGCGACUUUUAAUGGGAACUUGGUCAGGCAUGCCAGCUCGCGUAGGGGCACGCCGUUGAUGCCCAACCGGAGAUUCGAGACCUACCUUUUCUCGUUGUUUGAUGAGAACCUUAAGCCGGGUCCGACCGCUGAGAGGAACUGGGGAUUGUUCCGACCGGAUUUCACUCCGAUUUAUGACGUUGGGAUUAUGCGCAAUGGCCAGUCUGGAGGUAAUAGACCAAUGCCCAGGCCAGGAAGUCCGGCACCCGUGGCAGGCAAGAAGUGGUGCGUACCAAAGGCAGGUGCUACCAAUGCAGCGCUACAGGCAAACAUAGACUACGUUUGCAGCUCAGGGGUGGAUUGCAAGCCCAUACAAGCUGGUGGAGCCUGCUUCCAACCCAAUGCCAUUGCCUCCCACGCAUCCUUCGUCAUGAAUGCUUACUAUUACAAGUCCGGCCGCCAUGAUUACAACUGUGAUUUCGCUCACACUGCAGUCCUAACCACCCUUGACCCAAGUCAUGGUGCAUGUAGAUACGUUGGAUGAGAUGGAAACGGAGGAUAUGAGUGUAGGGCUGCCUGGGAGUUCGUCCCUAACCAGUAACCAGUAACCAGUAACCAUACUUGGAGAAAUUUAUUCUAUUGCGACUUUUUAUUAAAUUAUUUUUAUCAUCAAAUAUCUUGCUGUAAUUUAUUAAAUUAUUUGUGAUGAUUUGAUGAUAAUAUAUGCCGGACUACUAA